AGUUCUCCUAUUUAGAUAUUUCUUGCAUGCAAGUCCAUUGACUUUCAGAGAAGUUCACAAAUCAUUUAAUUUUCAACCUAUCUUUCAACAACGUCAUUGAACUGCCACACGUGCGCCACCCCUCUCUACUAAUGUAGUAGUCUACUUCGCCAAGUGAGAGUUCAGUGAAAGAGCUCCAGCCGCCAUGUCUCAGACAUCCACCGUCAAGACCCGCAUUCUAAUCAUCUCCGAUACGCACAACGCAGCCCUCGCCCCGUCCACGAACCACGAUGUUGCUUUCCGAGAACCUCUGCCUAAGGCAGACGUCCUGCUACACUGCGGGGAUCUAACAGGCUUGGGCUUUCUAGAAGAACAUGAGCAAGCGUUGGACAUGCUUGGCCGUAUUGAUGCGGACUUGAAGCUGGUGAUAGCAGGGAAUCAUGACAUCAGCCUGGAUCAGAAGCACUACACAAGGAGAGGUCAAGAUUGGCAUGGAUUUGACGACCCGGAUCAAACGUACGCCGCUCGAGCGAAGGAGCUCUGGCAGGGAGAAAAGGCCAAGGCAGCAGGCGUGACAUAUCUGGAAGAAGGCACACACUGCUUUGUACUCAAGAAUGGCGCGAGGCUGAGAGUCUACGCAUCUCCCUACCAACCCGAGUUCGGCGACAUGGCCUUUCAAUACGCAGAUAACCAGGACCGCUUCAAUCCAAAGGAUCAAUCCACGCCGGACUCACAAUCGAUCGUCGAGAAUCCCGUUCCCGAUUUCCCAGCCGUAGACGUUAUGAUGACACACGGGCCGCCGCUGGGCAUCCUUGACGAUGUCGGUCGCGCGCAUGCCGGCUGCGAGCAUCUUCUACGGGCUGCUCGACGGUGCAAGCCCAAGCUGCACUGUUUCGGACACAUACAUGAAGGGUGGGGUGCUCGAAGGGUGAAGUGGAAGGAGGGGGACAACUUCUAUAUUCCAUGGAAGUACCACGUUGAGAGGUAUGAAUCGGUCAAAGUCGAUCACGAGAGGAUGAAGGCAGACCGGGCAGCCUUUGUGGAUAUCAGUCAAGACGGAGAGGAGGCACUGGUGUGGGGACGAGAGACGCUCAUGGUGAAUGCGAGUAUCAUGACAGUUGAGUAUAGACCCCAUCAGGGCCCGUGGAUAGUAGAUAUGGAUCUGGACAAGGCUACGAAUAAUGCUCAGUCUUGAGUUUAUCUUUCCACCUACGAAUACUGUUCAAUAUCGCUCUUCCCUUUCCGGACGCUUAAGCUCCUCAGCCGGGCAUGUCUCCUGGGGUGAACCCACCACAUGAGACCCCUCAUGGCUGCGUCGAUCCAUCCAAGGCCGGUAUGGAUACCUCCACACAGGCUCCUCUUGCCCUCCGGGUCCUUUUCUCUUGCAUAUCUUCCUUCGAUAUCAUCUCUCUUCUGCAUGUAUAUCCAGGUCACUCCAAAAAUAAUAAAACGCGUCCGCCAGGAGUCAUCCUGAGUUCACAAGCCCUAGGGCUCCUCUUUCAAAGGAUAAA